AGUAUUUAAAGGGAAAAGCUGACAGUGCGGCUGAGUAAGGGACUGGUGCUGUGAGCUGCCGGGCUGCACUCGCACAUGCACGCCGAUGCACACGGACCCUGAUACCAUCAUGGACACGGACACAGAAACUACAGCACUUUGUUCUUCUAGCAGCCUCCAGGCCUCCCCGCCAGGGACACCCACACCAGAAGCAGAAACUACAUCUCUGAAGCAGAAACCAGAGAAACUGCUGGCAGAGUUGGACCGGAGCGGGCCACCUCCUGUCCCUGGGGUCCCCAGACGAAGAGGAAGUAUGCCUGUGCCCUACAAACACCAGCUGCGGCGGGCCCAAGCUGUAGAUGAACUUGACUGGCCGCCUCAGGCCUCGUCCUCUGGCUCCUCGGACUCCUUGGGCUCAGGAGAUGCAGCCCUUGCCCAAAAAGAUGGUGUUUUUAAGGUCAUGCUCGUGGGAGAGAGUGGCGUGGGCAAGAGUGCACUAGCAGGCGCCUUCGGAGGCCUCGAGGGAGACAGUGCUCAUGAGAUGGAGAGCUCAGAGGACACCUAUGAGAGACGAAUCAUGGUGGACAAAGAAGAAGUGACAUUAAUCGUUUAUGACAUCUGGGAACAGGGGGAUGCAGGUGGGUGGCUGCAGGACCACUGCCUUCAGACCGGGGAUGCCUUUCUCAUCGUCUUCUCAGUCACCGAUCGACGAAGCUUCUCCAAGGUGCCAGAAACCCUUCUUCGGCUCCGGGCUGGGAGGCCCCACCAUGACUUACCUGUCAUCCUUGUUGGAAAUAAGAGUGAUCUGGCCCGCUCCCGAGAGGUGUCGCUGGAAGAGGGUCGCCACCUGGCCGGGACGCUGAGCUGCAAGCACAUUGAGACUUCUGCCGCGCUGCACCAUAACACUCGGGAGCUCUUCGAGGGUGCUGUGCGACAGAUCAGGCUGCGGCGGGGCCGAGGUCAUGCCGGGGGCCGGCGACCUGAGCCUGGCAGCCCCGACGGCCCCGCGCCGCCCACGCGCCGCGAGAGCCUCACCAAGAAGGCUAAGCGCUUCCUCGCCAACCUGGUGCCGCGCAACGCCAAGUUCUUCAAGCAACGCUCCAGGUCGUGUCACGACCUCUCCGUGCUCUGAGCCACGGUCGCCAUGGUCACUGCAGUCGCCAUGGUCACCAUGCCCUCCGCUCGCCCCCUCACCCCACUCCUGUCCGUCUAGGAAACCAAAAAUACCCAGGAUGCCCUGGGGUGA